AUGGAAGAAAUGAUAAGAAGCUUGAGGCAAGAAGGGACAUGUGACAGUCAGUGGGCCGCUGAGACGGAAGUAGAGUAUGGAAUGCAGGUCAAGUCGGUGCUUGAACCUCUACUCAAGAUCCAAGAAGAAUUGUUAAAAGAAAGUGAGAUACGUGAGAUGUCGAUUGAGGAACAAGUUGCCAUGAUAGAAGUGAAGAAUGAAGAGCAAUUCGGGUUGGGGCUCAACUCGUUAUCAAAUAUUCAAAAGGAGUUAGCUGGAGAAAUGUCCUCUAUUUCCAAGUUCCCAUUCAAAUCCAGCUCACACCACUGCUUGCUUUCCAUUGCAUGUGAUCCCAAUUUGGAUAUUUCAGAUGCAAGUGGGAUGAUACACCACCAACUUCGACCUCCUGAUGAAGUAGUGGAUGACACGCUAGAAUUCUUGCCCAUGCACGAAAACCAUCAAGUUGUCUCUUUCCUUGCUCCUGAAUUUGAAAGCUAUGAAUUUGAUUAUGGAGAUUUAGGAAGAAGAACUUGCUUAUGGAUUGAUCAUGGUCCCGAUGAGUUGCCACGAUUGAUAAUCUUUCCUAAAGUUUUUCUUGAGUUUGAGAUUUGUAUUGUGAAAGAUUACUUUUCUCAGUUUAAAGAUGAAUUUGCAAGGCUUCGAACCAUGACUAAUGUCAUGUUGCUCCUGCACAUCUUGAGAAAUCAUAUCUACCGUCAGCCUGGAGGAAGGGUCCCAAGCUUGUCAUCAGAAGACUCAAAAGUUUCUACAAAUGGAAAUCGUAUUCUUAAGUCAGAUAUUGAACUGCCAGACUUCGAUCUGGAUAUCAAUCGCUGGCUAAGGUCAUCACGAGUUCAGUGGUACCCAGGUCAUAUUGCGCAAGCAGAGAGAGAACUAAAGCAACAGCUAAAGUUGAUGGAUGUUGUCAUAGAAGCACGUGAUGCAAGGAUACCUAUGGCAACUGGACAUCCAGAGAUGGACUUAUGGAUUGGUGAUAAGAAGAAAAUUUUAGUUUUAAAUAAAGUAGACAUGAUCUCAACCGAAGACAAGAAUAAAUGGGCUACAUAUUUCUCUAAACAGGGGAUAACAGUAGUCCUUGCAAAUGGUCAGCUUGGAAUGGGGACAUUGAAGUUGGCAAGAGUUGCAAAAUCAUUAGCUAACAAUUUUAAUGCCAAGAGGAGGGCUAAACGACUUCUUCCUCGUGCGACUCGAGCGGGAGUGGUUGGGUAUCCAAAUGUUGGAAAAUCAUCAUUGAUUAACCGCCUUCUUAAGCGAAAGAUCUGUGCAACAGCAUCUAGACCAGGGGUUACCAGGGAAUUGAAGUGGGUUCGAAUUGGUCAAGACCUAGAUUUAUUAGGUUCCCCUGGUAUAUUGCCAAUGCGGUUUAAUGAUCAGGCUCCUGCAAUCAAAUUGGCAAUUUGUGAUGAUAUAGGAGAAAGAUCAUAUGCUGUUGCUGGUGUGGCUGCAAUUCUCGUAGAGAUUCUGAAGCAGCAUCCAGAUGCAGGAGGAGUUCUUCAAAAUCGCUAUAAGAUAAAUGCAGAUUGUUGCUCGGGAGAAAUAUAUGUAAAGGCAUUGGCACAACGUUUGUUCAAUGGAGAUGUGACUCAAGCUGCCUUCCGUAUCUUAUAUGACUUUCGGAAAGGGAAAUUCGGUUGGAUAGCUCUUGAGAGGCCUCCGUCAAAUACCAUGUAAAGCCCUAACAUAAUAGAGGGUUCAAUAUUUUUUGGGGCUCCAAUGGUUGCAAUGGUGUUUGAAAAGUUGAUUACAUCCACGUUGACGUAUAAAGCCCCCUUCUGUGGUUGAGUGAGCAUACAAGACCUGAAAGCUGAUGCAUCUUGAUAUUAGCAAAAUGCUAUACAAGAAGUUUUAGAUAUAUGUGGAUGACAAUAGAAAAGCUGAUAUUAGAAGCAAAGCCAACGUGACCACAUCAAUCAACUAAAUGUAUAAAUGUAAAGUUCUGUCACCAUGGUCUAGUGUAAUGUGCUGCCCUUGCAUCUGGCAGUGACACAAGUCCAAAACUUGUCCGGAAUGCCCAUUGAAUCUUAGUGCCACAAAGUUCACAUUUGUAAACCUACCGUAUGUUUGAAACUCAAAAAAACUCAUCAAGUUAGCAAGAGAGGUAACUUUAGAUCUUAUCAAAAAAAUGUAUAACAUAAAUCUUAACAAUAUUUGCCAAUUAGGUUUUUAUUUACGGCAAAUGCAAAGAUUUCCACCAUCAGCGUAUAUAUAAAAUGAAUUUUAAUAUAAGAGUGGAUGAGGGUGCUUCUGCUAAA